AUGGUGUUCCAAGCAGUUGGAAAAUUACUCGGAAAACACAGUAAAAUAAAGAAGAAAGCCACAGCAGAAACAGAAAAGCUCUACUUGGAACCUCGAUACACAUCUGCCCGAAUACUAGAUGCUGAUAUAUUAAUGCUGGUGGCGUUACCUAAAGGACUCAACGUAGAGGAAUGGCUGGCCAGUAAUGCAUCUGCAUUCUACAACCACGUCAGCCUCAUGUAUGGUUCCAUCUCUGAAUUCUGUACAAUAUCAUCCUGUCCCACGAUGAAGGCCUGGGCAAUGCAAAUCCAGUGGACAGAUGAAAAAGGACGCAAAAGAAAAUGCUCUGGACCACAGUAUGCAGAUUAUGCUGCCAGCAUCAUCCAAAAAAUCCUGACAGAUGAGGAUUUGGUCCCUACUAAACACUGUAAAGAUUUCCCAAAGGCCUUUAAACCAGCCAUUCAAAAGACAUUCAGAUUCCUCUUCCACCUUCUGGGUCACAUCUACACCUGUCACUUUAAAACGGUAGUGAAUCUUGAACUACAUCCCCAUCUGAACACCCUCUACCUUCACCUUCUGCUUUUCUGUGCAGAGUUCCACCUUCUCGACUCCAAAGAAAUGGCCUUGAGUGAAGACUUAACCACAGCCUUAAUAAAUUCCAGCCCUUGUCCCAAAACCUCAGGAAGCCAUUCUCGGAACACAUGA